UGGCUCUAGAAAGCUAUGGAAAAUGAUGUUGUUUGAAUGCAAUGAUAACAUGAAUAAUGUGAAGUAAAUUGAUGAGAAAAGCAGACCCAAACACCCCUUUUUAUAGUGCCAAAAUGGGCUCCAACGGACCAAUGCAUUAAAGGGGUGAUUGGCUUGAUUUAUGGGAUUGAAUAAAUUUGGGAUCUGCAGGAUAUUGCCUUCCCAUCGAUGUUUGGAACUUACCCAUCGCUGAUUGGCCCAAGCGGGAGCGAGGGCAGGGGCACGGGAAGGGGCACGAAUUGGUCUGGCGUCGUCCCGGUCUCCGGACAUCUUCCGGAAGGUGCUGUCUUGAAUGAUCCAAGUCUUCGUUAUCUUCGUAUCCGGGCCGGCGAUGGAGAUGUCGGCGGAGAUGAUGAGGUCCAUGACGAGGAAGGCGUAUGGCAAGCUCCGCUCGGUGGUGAUGGAGGCGCAAUCCGCCAUGUGAAUCAUGACGUAUUUUUCCCAGUUGAUCGAGGCGCGAUGGAUGAUAGCAUGAACCGCCUUGAGAUCCUCGUUGGAGAGAGAGGUGUGGCUACUGUCUCGGGGGCGAAGAAUCCGGAUGACCACCGCCUCGUUGUUGAGAAUCCAAUCAUCGCCACCAUAUGUCGCGAUGUCGUCACCGCGGGUGGGCAGCCCUGCAACCCGAGCAAAAGUAGCCAAGUCAAACUCUAUGUCAUAGAGAUUGAUGCUACUGCGAAUGGUAUCCCCGUCCCGGUGGAGAUUGGAGUAGAAGGCCUGGACAUAGGCGGGAUUGAAGGAGGUGCGGCUCUUGGAGACGAAGGGCCACAAACCCGACUCCUUGAGUUGAUCGUCGAGGUCGUGGUACCCUUUUUGCUGGGGAAACAACUCGGGCAGCACCCUUGGCGGAGAGAUACGGCGUUUGGCGAAGUGGGUGAUGAAGCGAGUGAGUUCUUCCUCCAAGCCAAACUCGAGAAAGGAUCCGUCCAGGUACGGAAAGGGUUGAGGCGCAGAGGUUGUGGCCUCGGUAGUGACCUUCUUCUUGGAAACUUUGCUCUUGGACUUUCCUCCGGCCAUGAUUGAAGCGUUUCUUAAGAAAGAUUGAUGAUAUAA